CUGUACGCGAUUCAUCCAGUAGCUACAUAUGAGAAUGGUUAUGAUGUUGCCCUCCUUGCCUUGUUCACGUAACACAGUAAGGGUCUUAUCAGCUGUUUUCUCCCCACCCAGAAAAAAGUGUAGCGAUGCGCAUUCGCCACCGUCCAUCUCACUUUAUGCUCGUAUGAUGUCUGAGCCGUUUAUGCGUUGGUAGACGCUGCCUGUUAGGACACAUUUACACAUCUCCCGAGUGCGCGCCUGGCCCCACGGACAAGGCCGGCCUUAGCUUGGUCGACAGCAUUUUCACCAGCGACCAGUUUCCACGCACAACCUCGCAGUACCCGGGCCUUGGGCCCGGGUAUACGUGAGCACAUCUCCUACUUUCCACAACAGCCCAUCUACUUUCAUCUGACUAAUCAGAUAUAUUCACCAUGUCUUGCUGCAGCGACCUCCCUCCCGUCCAGGCUGAAUACACCCCCAAGGGUACCUACACUACCUUCUCUGGCCUCAAGACCUAUGUCGUUGGUCCUGAAGACGCCAAGGCUGCCGUCCUCUACACCUACGAUAUCUUUGGCUUCUCCCCCCAGAUCCUCCAGGGUGCCGACCUCAUUGCCUCCCAAGGCUACCGCGUCGUCAUGCCCGACUUUCUCGUCGGCAAGUACGCUACUCCCGAACUCUUUGGCCCCGGCGCCGAAGCCAAGAAACAGGAAUACAUUUCUCAGUUCCCCGCUGCUAUCCCCACCCAGUCUAAACCUUUGGCCGACUCUAUCGCUGCUUUGAAAGCUGCUGGCCACAGCAGGGUCGCUAUUCUUGGUGCUUGCUGGGGUUACAAGGCUGCUGUGAUUACUGAGGGUCUUCCUGGUGUUGAUGUGUUCCUUGCUGUCCACCCUACGUUCCCUGCCCCCGAGGACGCCGAGAAGAUCAACGUCCCUGCCCUUAUCCUCUCUACCUCUGGUGAAGACAAGUCUGUCAUCGACGCCAUCGAAAAGGGUGUCGAGGCCAAGAACCCCGGCAAGAACUUUUUCAAGCGCUACGCCGACCAGCAGCACGGUUUCGCUGCUGCCCGUGCUGAUCUCUCUGGUGGUGACACCCUCGCGGCCUACGUGGAGGCUUACCAGCUCAUCGUCAAGUUCUUGAAGGAGCACCUCUAAGAGAACGGUGACUUGUUAGAAGUAAUCCAAAGUGGCAUGCAUGCA